AUGGCGACUAGAACUUUGCGAACGCCGCUGGCCUGCGGACGCCAUCUCCUAUCCAAUUGGCGCACCAAACACCACACACCAGCGAGAUGCCGACUCUAUACGUCCGACCGGUCCCCCGAAGCUUCCGAAGCCCCGAAACCUGAUCACAGAAAGGACACGCCAGAAAAAGAGAAGGGCGCCAUGUCGCGCAAGCUCGAGGAAGCUACAGAGGAAGCUCUUUUGACGGGUGGCCGGCGCGGGCGUCAAGCUGUCGAAGACGCUGGAUUCUCUGAAGAGCUGAAGCAGAUGCUUCUCGACAAGGUCGAAACCGCCAGGUUCCGAUCCCAAUACGCAUCCGCCUUCGCAGAGGCCGAAAUGCCCACGUCAGCGGGCGAGGGAACGCGCUCAAUGGCCGCUGCGCAGGCUUGGACGGGUGACGAAUCGCAGUCCGAUACGGUCCUGCGCAUGCUCAACGAUGCGAAGAAGCCUCUCAAGCCCGAGCUGAGGGGCCAGUUCCAGAUCCCGCCCGUGGAUAUGCGUAUACGACAGGAUCCAAAGCUUCACCCUAGCCAGCGGGCUGCCAACGCUCGCGAAAAAGCCUCGACGUAUACUGGGCUGGGUUUCAAGGAUCAGAGCGGGCAGAGCGCCAAGGAACGCGAAGAGUUUAGAAAGGAGCUCCGCGACCGGUUUGGAGCAGCGGCUCGCGCCGUACCGAAUACAAUAUCAGGGCUCGAGUCACUGGCCAACGAGAGAAUAGAGGAUGCGAUUGCUCGUGGGCAGUUCAAGAACAUUCCUCGUGGCAAAGGGGUUGAACGAGACGCAAGAGCCGACAACCCCUUCAUCGACACCACCGAGUACAUAAUGAAUAAGAUGAUCAAGAGGCAGGAGAUUGUUCCUCCGUGGAUAGAGAAGCAGCAAGAGCUGGCAAAGACUGCUGGUGUGUUUAGAGCGAGGUUGCGCAACGAUUGGAGGAGGCACGUGGCGAGGAUGAUCUCGUCUAAAGGUGGUAGCUUGGAGGAGAAGAUGCAAUUGGCCGAGGACUAUGCCCGCGCAGAGGAACGCCAUAAUCCGCGCAAGAGAAACAGCGAAAGCAUCUCGGUGCCCACCAAUGUGACGAACGAUCCUGUGAUGGCAAAGGUGCGUCAACAGGCAGCAGAGGACAACAACGCUGGCAAAUCCACACCUGAGACGAGAUCGACGGAGCCUGCUCGGCCUCUGGUACAACCCUUUCGCGAUUCUGACUGGCUAGCAACUGAAAGUUCGUACAUGACGCUCGCCGUCGACAAUCUCAACGCGAUCGCACGUUCUUACAACCUCAUGGCGCCAGAGCUGGCCAAGAAACCAUAUUUUUCGCUCGAGCGCGAACUCAAGGCCUGCUACGCGGAUGUCGCGCCUUUGGUGGCGGAGACUAUCAGGGAGAGAGCCACCAGGCCAACAAAGACGUUAUUUGAAGCAGCAGGGGGCGGCCAAGUCACAAUCUUUGACCGGUUUAGCAAGGAGGGAAAAUCGGCCAGGAUAUACGAUUCAAGGGCUCCCCACUAUGGCUUCAAGGAAAUGUGGAAAGAUUUGUUUAGUUAA